CUGCAGGACUUGAAGCAGAAAGGUCACAAGAGGCUCAUCUGCAGGACUUGAAGCAGUAAGGUCACCAAGAGGCUCAUCUGCAGGACUGGAAGCACAAAGGUCUCCAAGAAGCUCAGCUGUUGGAAUAGAAACAAUGUCAAUUGAAGAGCCAGACCAGUAUGAAUCAUUAACAGUCAACGAAACGGAUGACCAGCAAUAUCUGAAGAGAGAACUUGAACCUCGAAGGUCAAUCGGUGCUGAACUCAUCAAUUUCUUUGCACGUCGGCUCAGCAUUCAACCAAUCAAUCCCGCAGAAGAAGACUCAGAGGAAGAUACUGUCAAUAAUACAAAACCUAUCAACGUAACUCCACAGGGAUUAUUAGCAGACCAAGACAUUUCCUCGCCAAGAAGCACAUCUCCUGAAUUAGAUGCAAAGAGGCUAUCAAGAGGCUCUGCUACAAGUAUCACAGAAGAGCCAUACAUAAAAGCAGAAAUAGACAGGCUAUCCAGAAGCUCAUCUCCAGAAGGAGAAAAAGAGAGAUCUCCAAGAUCAAGAAGCUCAUCUCCAGAAGGAGAAAAAGAGAGAUCUCCUAGAAGAUCAUUUUCAGAAUCAGAAAAUACAGAUUUACCAGAACCACAACAUCUUCACCCUCGCAAGUCUAUUGGAGCAGAAGUUUUGGACUUCUUGGUCCGUAGACUCAGCACUCAGUCUACACCUCAAGAUGUUGAGGAAAGAACUUUGUCCCCUAUCGCCGGUCUGGAAUCAGAAAUAUUAUCAAGAGUAUCUCCAAGAGGAUCUUCCACAAAUCUGGAAAUUUCAACCUCACACAGAAAUUCGACAGCUGGCUUAGAAGAAUCGCAAAACCAGAUAACUGAAUCAGAAAUGGUGGAGUUGUUGGUUCGUAGAUUGAGUAAUAAAUCUUUGCCUGAUGAAGAUGAUACCAUAUCACCCAACCUAGAAAAUGAAGGAACUGCCACAUUGUCUCAAAAGUCAUUGAAAGAUAUACUUGAUAAUCGAUCAUCCAUAGCCUCAUCUGUGGACGAGGAAAUUAUUAAUAUCUUGACGUCCCGAAAGAUGUCAACAGAAGAACUUUCACGUCCAUUGGAGAAAACAGAUGGCUCAGUUGUGGAAGAACUGAAUACUACAGAUCAGUUGUCACACACCCCUGGCAUGGAUGAAGCACAGGUAGCAGGGGUUUCGUCCGAAAGUCCGUUGAGUAAAGCCCAUGAACCAGGAGUGGAACAUCUGCAACAUCGCAAGUCAAUUGGGGCAGAGAUCCUGGACUUCUUCGUACGCAGGUUGAGCAAGGAACCUGCAGUGGAUCGAGAUAACCAAGUUGCCGAGGAACCAAGUAUGCUGGAACCCGAAACAGAAGUGUACAGUUCACCAAGGGCUUCAUUAUUCAGUCCAGAUAUUAGGAUAGAAGUCUCAGAAUAUAAUGAUGUUCAAGAAAUAGACAAAUCUCAUAGAGGCUCAGAUGCUAGUAUUCAUUCUUAUAAUUCCUCUAAAGAUUCAUUUGAUGAACCAGAGAAGUUUAAAACUCCAAGACAAUCAAUAUCAGAUAUAGAUAUUCAAGCAGAGUCUCCAAGAGGUUCAACAGCAGGACUGGAGAUUCAAAAAUCUCCAAGAGGUUCAACAGCAUUCAGAAAUCUCCAAGAGGUUCAAAAAUUCAAGAGGUUCAACAGCAGGAGAGGUUCAGAAAUCUCUUCAACAGCAGGACUGGAGGUUCAAAAAUCUCCAAGAGGUUCAACAGCAGGGUUAGAGGUUCAGAAAUCUCCCAGAGAGGUUCAACAGCAGGGAGGUUCAGAAAUCUCCAGAGGUUCAACAGCAGGAUUGGAGGUUCAAAAUCUCCAAGAGGUUCAACAGCAGGAGCAGGACAACAGCAGCAGAAAGAGGUUCAACAGCAGGAUUGGAGGUUCAGAAAUCUCCAAGAGUUCAACAGCAGAGAGUUCAGAAAUCUCCCAGAGGUUCAACAGCAGGAUUGGAGGUUCAAAAAUCUCCAAGAGGUUCAACAGCAGGCCUAGAGGUUCAGAAAUCUCCAAGAGGUUCAACAGCAGGCCUAGAGGUUCAGAAAUCUCCAAGAGGUUCAACAGCAGAGAGGUUCAGAAAUCAACAGCCAAGAGGUUCAACAGCAGGAUUGGAGGUUCAGAAAUCUCCAAGAGGUUCAACAGCAGAGAGGUUCAGAAAUCUCCCAGAGGUUCAACAGCGGAUUGGAGGUUCAGAAAUCUCCAAGAGGUUCAACAGCAGGACUGGAGGUUCAGAAAUCUCCAAGAGGUCAACAGCAGGAAAAUCAAGAGGUUCAACAGCAGGUGGAGGUUCAAAUCUCCAAGAGGUUCAACAGCAGUGGAGGUUCAGAAAUCUCCAAGAGGUUCAACAGCAGGAUUGGAGGUUCAAAAAUCUCCAAGAGGUUCAACAGCAGGACUGAAGGUUCAGAAAUCUCCAAGAGGAUCCAUCUCUGAAGCGCAACCGGAGGUCCAACUCAGAACCAGGGGCUCCACCUCCAGAGAGGACACUCAGCAGAAUCGCCGUUCCCUGAUCAAGUACAUCAACGAUCAAGAGGACAACCUCCCGGAGAUCUGCUCCAGCCCCGAGACAGUCGAGCCCACCCACGCCUCGGACACAGAGGACACCCUGGACCUCAUAGGCUCCACGUCGGAUAACGAGAGCGACUCAGACCUGGAGACCGUCCUCAACAUCACGGACCUGGACUCGCCGGACGCAAUGAUCCACGAGCUGGACCCCUUCAGGAACAAAGCCCUGUCUUCGAGCCGAACCAAGAUCAACGUCGCGGAUUCCAGGCGAGGGGAUGGCUACAACACGGACUCCGAGCUUGUCGUGUCUAAGGCUAAACAGAGCAGCAUUUACAUCGAGGAGUCACCCAGUAUUAUCAUUGCUCUGUACGAUCACAUCAUGACGAUCCUGACGCUGCCUGACUUGUCUCUGGAUGCCUAUAGCAUUACCCAAGUCAGCAAAUCCAAACUUACGGAGUCGAGUCAGCAGCUAGACAGGCGCGCGUCUCCACCAGCCAUUGAGAGUCGGGUUCCGAGGCCCUUGACUGAACCAGACGCGGGUAAAACGGUAAGGGAACUUGAGCAUGAGAAGGAGACUCUAACUCAGACAUCAAACACUGUUGCAGGAAAGGGAAGAUCCAAGUGGAACAUCAUGCCCAGUGUGAGCCGGCUGGACACAACUGUUCAGGAGUACCAAAGGAAGAAGUCUUUGAAUGAAAUCUCCGCAGUAACCUUCUGCGGGUGUGGGUUCUUGGGUGUCUACUUGGUGGGCGCAGCCACGUACCUUCAGGAACGCGCCCCUUGGCUCCUUCGCGGACGCAUCGGGGGCUCCUCCGUCGGGUCUCUCAUUGCCACUUGCAUCGUGUGCAACAUUCCCUUGCAGGUCAUCCGCGAGAACCUCCUGGCCACGGCGAAGGCCUCCCGCUCCUUCUUCCUGGGGCCGUUGAACCCCGCCUUCCCCAUCGAAGAACCUCUGCUGAAGAACCUGUUGAAGAUCCUGCCGGAGGACGCCCACCUCCGAGCGUCAGGGCGGCUGUACCUCUCCCUCACUCGGGCCAACACGCUUACGAAUGAGGUCGUGAAUCAGUACAAGUCGAGGGAGGAGUUGGUGCGUGCUGUUCUCUGCUGCUGUUUCCUGCCCGGCAUCUCUGGGUUCUCUGUGCCCACCUUCCACGGACGCAGGUACCUCGACGGCGGCAUGACCAACAACAUGCCUCUGAAGGGCCCCAACACCCUCGCCAUCAACGCCUUCGCCGGGGAGUUCGACGUGUGCCCGAUGGACAACGACUACCAGACCAAGUGGCUCACGACGGCCCUCAACCAGACGCUGGAAAUGACCAUGAUCAACCUGCGCCGCUUCUUCCUGGCGCUGGUUCCUCCCAACCCCGAGGAGCUGGACGAGUUCUACUGGCAGGGCUACGAGGACGCCAAGAGGUCUUUGGCUGGCAGGGUUUAAGCAAGGGGAAAAGAGGGGGGAGGGAAGACACGGGGAAGGGGAGAAGUAGAGAGAGAGAGACGGAAGAAUAGGAGGUGAAAGGGGCUCUUUUUUUUCUCCGUUUUUAAAAUUUUGUUUUUGUGUUUUUCAUCUUUCGUUGGAGGGUCGCUAAAUUGCGUUGUAGCAAGUGACUGUUUUAUUUGUCUUUUCGUUUCUUUUUGUAUUUUGUUCGAAUUCCUAUUGCAAUGAUGUGAAAUUACAUCUUGAUAUUUCCUAGUCCGAGUAAGUAGACUGAAAACAGUAUAUAUAUUUUAUAGAGACAUACAUACAUGCACAGACAGAUAUAUGUCUAUAUGUAUAAACAUCUAUGUACGUAUGUAUGCAUCUGUAACAUAUGCAGUUUACACAGUGAUAAAAAAUUAUCACCCAAUAAAAAGGGAUUAUGCAUGAAAAAAAACAUAUAUAAGAUAAUUCCUAAUAUUGUGAGAAUUGCCGUUCAGUUAUACAAGUGUAAUAGUGUAAUUCAUAUCUUAUCAUAUCUUUGUGUUAUGAUGAAGAAUAUGUUAUAGAGAUUAAGCUGUCUAUAAUCCUCCUGUGUGUGUUCUGCAAUACCGUUCAAUCAACAGUUUGGUUUAUUAAUAGAUACAUGUAACAGUAAGAAAAAAAAGAAAAAAAAAGAAAAAAGAUAAAAUAAGAAAAAAAAACUUGGUUUCCGAAACUACAAUAAGACGACAUACACGAUAAUUUAUAUGGUAGUCUAAGGUUCUGCUCUUCAGCUAUAUAUAGGUGCCGUUCGGUGAAUUACAGGUCUAAAAGGAAUAAUGAUAUAGAAGUCAAUAUCAUUGUUGUAAUUUUUUUUUUCCUAACUCUUCUUUUUUCUGCAGAUUUUCGUUUCUU